CAGCACCACACCCCCCCUGCACCGACCGGCAAGUCGUCCGCAGACCGCCCUCGAUGUCCAGGAGAUUCCUCCGCUUCGACGCCUUUGCCAAGAUCGAUGGGCCCUACAAGUCCAACUCGGCACUGGGAGGCGUGCUCACGCUGAUCGUCGCCCUGCUGUCCAUCGUCCUGGUCACCAGCGAACUCGCCACCUUCCUCAAAAUCCACCAGGACUACGAGUUUCUUGUGGACCAGCAGCGGCACCAAACUCUGCAGAUCAACAUGGACCUCACCAUCGCUAUGCCGUGCGAAUAUCUUCGUGGCGAUGUGCUGGAUGCCUCUGGAGGCUUCCUGCACCUGGGAAACGGAUUCCGGAUGACACCGGUCAUUUUUCACACCCACGGCGUCUCGUAUUACGGCAAGAAGGCCGCAUCCAAUCUGAAUAUAGUCAAAGCAGUAGCGCAGGCAAACAAGUUCUAUGCCGAUCCUGAUCUUCAAGUAUCACCGGGCGAUAAUCCUGCUCGAGCCUGUCGGGUUCAAGGAUCCAUCAACGUCCAGAAGCUGGCCGGCAUGCUGCACUUUACCGCCUUGGGGCACGGAUACAAUGGCGCACAUGUCGCACACGAAGCCAUCAACUUUACCCACAGGAUCGAUAGGUUUUCAUUCGGCAUAAGCUAUCCAGGGCUGGUCAACCCGCUCGAUCGGAGCUUGGAGCUGGCAGAGUCACACACCGACAUGUUCCAGUACUUCAUUUCGGUGGUGCCGACGAUAUAUAUCGACAAAAUCCGGACCUUCGGAGAAAAGAUCAUUUUGACGAGCCAGUAUGCUGUGACCGACUACCAGAAAGUCGUGAGUCAAGAGGCCGGCCAUGAGGGUCUCCCUGGCAUCUUCAUCAAAUACGAAAUCGAGCCCAUCUCCGUUCGGGUUACGGCCAGUCGCCAGUCUUUCCUACAUCUACUUACGCGCCUCUCGGGGAUCGUGGGCGGUCUCUUUGUGAGCACCGGCAUGGUAUUUUCGUUUUCCAAAACCACCUUGAACUUUGCCUCGCGAUUUUUGAGCCAGCCCAACUAGCUCUGCUAUCCUGGCCUGAUUGGAAGCCUGACGGGGCUGAAGGUGUGGUAUUGGUUCGGGAUCCCAAAUGAAACGGGGCAUCUGUUGAGCCAGGACAUAUAUUCUGAGACCUGAAUAUACCCACCCACCCAUCGCUCCCAUGGCCAAACACAGCACCCUC